AUGUUCGGUCACAAUAAUGCUGCAACAAGUGUGUUGCAUAAAAGCGUAAGCCGAAGACGAGGUUUACAUUCAUGUGUGUGUUUGAGGCGGCACUAUGUGGAGUACAAUAAAUCAAAUAAAGAGAAAGAUGGGGAACAUUGCCAUACAAAGAACCUGGCACUGAACAGGAGGACCUCGCGAUGGGAUAACUCCGCUAGGUCCCCUGUAGAGAACAAGUUUCAAAAGAUUGAAAAAAAAACCGCUUCGUCACUGGGAUGGAGUAAACCUCCUCCUAGUCUUCUUAAAGACAAUAAUGACGAGUUAACAAUUCCCAAUUAUGAAGUUCGCAACACAGCAUCUCCUAAAAAGAUUGAUUUCAGUGCCUUAAAAUCUUUCAUAAAAAGUGGACAGGAACUUGCACAUGUAAAUAGACUGGAAGUUGAAAGCCCAAAACAGGAUCAUGAACCAAAGAUAGAACGGUUGUCGGUAGAAUCAAACACCUCUACAGAGAACGCAGUUGAUCUUACAAAGCUUAUUGGUAUAAUCAAGACGAAAAAGAAGCACUUUGAUAUUGAACAACCCAAUUUUAAUUUAGAUAGACCAAAUAAAGAUAUUCUUGCCGGUAUCAAAAACAAGUCGGAGAUCUCAAAAAAACUCCAAUAUAGAGACCCAUCAAAGGUUUGGGAAAAAGAAACUGGUAAUUAUAAUGAGCUUAAAAGCUUUUUCAAGCAAUUACCCAAGAGGGCCAAGAUCAGCGGAAGGGUUAUGAACGAUCCUGUGAGGGUGGGAGAUUUGGUCACAUUUGGUACGGAAAGUCUACGGUUGUACAUUGUGGCCGAUACCCCUAAAUCAUUUGAUUCACGAGUUGCCACGUUUCUUUCUGAUAAAGGUGAGAUUGUGUUUUCCAGCUUUUCGAAUAUAAGCUAUCGGAUACCACUGGCCAUACCUGAAAGGUAUAUGGAAACUAUUCAGAACUUUGUUAAUAAAGAACAAAAGUAUUUGGACUAUCCUCCAGUAGGAAUACCUGAUUCAAACUUCACCCGAUCUACUAAAUCGUUACCAUUCGAGUUACAAAAUGAGUCUGAAAGUGAAACCACUACUGAAAUGGAAGGCGAAGUGUCCGAAUAUGAUUCAAAUGAUCUCGUUAUAUCUCAAGCCUCAUCACAGCUAUUGACCAAUUCAGAUGUUCAGACAUAUAUUAUACCGAACGCGGCACGAGCAUUGUACCACAACGCGUUAACAGAGAUAUCGAACGCUGCGUUUCGACAAGUUCAUGAUACAAACAGGAAAUUAGAAGAAUUGCAUAGGAUUUUGCAAAAUGAUGAGACUGGCGAGAUAAAUGCACCUCGAUCAAUUUCAAUAUUCGAAAUAUUGGCUAAAUUAAAUGCCAAACUGGAGCCAAGUUUUUCCUCGGGUAAAGCUUGUUUGGGCAUUCUCCCUCAUCAACUGGUGGACUAUGACUCAACAAGCUUUCCAGCUGCAGAUUAUUUGUCUGUUCUUUUUGCAUUGAAAAAGCAAAGUCGGUUAUGGACAAUUCAGCGAGACAAAGCAUCAUUCUCGCCAACUAAGGUUAUCAUAUGGCCGUUGGCGCAAAUUUCCCAUGAGGAUCAGGUUGUUAAAGAUUUGAGACGGAAGGGUCUAGAACAAGUAGCAAAAUAUUGUGCAGAUAAGCUAAUUGGUAAAUCGAAUAGGGAGCAUUUGCCUUUAUACAAUGCUGUAGUGAGCAUGUUGAAGGAGUACGUCAACGGAAAGUUUGAAAAUGAUCCUAUGGUAUCGACAACAAUUAUAUCCUUAUUGAGGAGGAUUGAUAAAUUACUUGCAAAUGCAGGCCAGACAACCCCUGAUGACAUGUAUAAAUAUGAGUAUUCAUUCGGAAAGGCGUACGAUUUGUUGACAAGGUUGAAUGAGGAUGUCAAUGUCAAUCCUUUCAAAUGGUCAGCAGAAAACAACUUACCUGGGGAAGAAACUUCUGUAAAAGCAGACUUGCAAGAGUCAUACUUCAAGUAUUUUGAUAAGGUAUACGAGCUCCCGGAGAAAGAUGAUAUUGCACAGAGAACCUUGGCGAGAAAUUUGUAUCAAGAAGACCCUCUUGGGGAUAAGAGAAUCGAUAUGAAGGAAGUGCCCAUAUAUUGUAUUGACGAUCCAACAGCCCACGAGAUUGACGAUGGGAUAUCCAUAUACGAGGAGAAUGACAAGUAUGUGAUUUCGAUUCACAUAGCGGAGCCAAGCUCCUACAUCAGACCGGAUUCCAUUGUAAGCAGUAUUGCCUAUGGAAAGUCUUCAACCACGUACCUUCCCGAGGCCGUAUUCCCUAUGUUGCCUCAAAUCGUAUCUAAGCUUGCUGGAUUAGGAAGCGAUUCAGUGGAGACGAGAACUUUUGUUGUGCAAUAUAGAUUGAGUAAGAAGGACAUUGAUGGUUACAUUGGUGAAAAGUUGAAAAACAGUCUUUACACUCCCGACAACAUGUUUCUCGGUAAAAUCAAGCAAGAUAUCUACGACAGCAGCGACGUGAAAUUUGCACUUGUCAAGAGAUUUCGUCAAGGCUUCACAUAUGAAGCAGUGAAUAAAUUGCUUCAAGAUGGGCUUAAAGUUGACAAUUAUCGUGAAAAAUCAGUUUCUGGAGAUGCGGAUUUUGAUAAUUUGAUAAAAUUGCAAUACAUUUCUUCAAUACUAUGGGGGAUUAGAGAAUCAAACAGUGCAUAUACAAGUGGUCAGAACAAGAAAUUGACCGUGGGGCCGAACAAAAACUUUAUCUCAUCAAAGAUCAUUGACGAAGGCAGCUACAAACUUCGUCUACCUAACAGUGACCAGGUCAUUGAGACCUCACCCGAAAGUACAAAAAAUAUAUCAAUCCAGCUAGUGACAGAGAAUAUGAUUAUUGCCAAUCACUUAACCGCCAAGUUUGCUACUGACAAAGGCAUCAAGAUUUUGUAUCGUACAUUAGAUCCAAAGUUCAAUACAGAAUUAUCCCAAGAGUACAAGGAGCUUGUACAGAACGGAGGAAUUGAUAUUGAUCAGGAGAAAUUGAUAAAUCUAUAUGCAUUCUUGACAAGAGGAGUGAUCUCGGACAAACCUGACAAGCAUUUUAUGAUGGGGUUGAAUAUGUACACAAACAUAUCUUCUCCUUUACGAAGGUUUAUUGAUAUGGUGAACCAAUGGCAAUUUCAGGAUUAUUUCCUCGGAAGAACAACAAUUUCUGAUGAGAGUAUAGGAGGAAUCGUUUCGCGAUUGAAUGCUAGGAAUGAUAUCGUGAGAGGGUUACAGAGACAAUCUGUGACCUUUUGGCAAUUGCUAUUCCUUAAAAUCUUUAAUGAGCAAAACAAUGGAAACUUGGCAGAAAAGUUGGGGUUGAAGUUGUCACUUCGAUCCAACCCUAAAAAGGGAAUGACGGUUGCAGCUAACUUGGAGACAUUCUCCAGUGUCAAUGCCCACGUUGAGGUUAGUCAGGACUUGUUGGAGGACGUUGCCUCCGGGGAUUUAGUAGUAGGGGGGCUACUCAAUAACUCAAAGCUACAUUUGAAAAAGAUUGAUGUGAUAGAGAAUCAAUUAGUGUUUGAAUAUAGAUGA